CGAGCCGCUCCGGCCCAUCUCGGGGUGCGGGCGGGGGAGGCGAGGCGCACGAGUCGGGCGCGGGGCACGAUGUCCGACGCGGGCGGCGGGAAGAAGCCGCCUGUGGAGCCUCAGGCGGGGCCGGGCCCGGGCCGUGCUGCUGGGGAACGGGGCCUGUCGGGCUCCUUCCCUCUGGUCCUGAAGAAGCUGAUGGAGAACCCCCCGCGCGAGACGCGCCUCGAUAAGGAAAAGGGGAAGGAAAAGCUGGAGGAAGACGAGUCUGCAGCAGCCAGCACCAUGGCCGUGUCUGCCUCCCUUAUGCCGCCCAUCUGGGACAAGACCAUCCCCUAUGAUGGCGAGUCUUUCCACCUAGAGUACAUGGACCUGGAUGAGUUCCUGCUGGAGAAUGGCAUCCCUGCCAGCCCCACCCACCUGGCCCAGAACCUGCUGCUGCCUGUGGCAGAGCUUGAAGGGAAGGAGUCUGCCAGCUCUUCCACAGCAUCUCCACCAUCCUCCUCUACUGCUGUCUUUCAGCCCUCGGAAACCGUGUCCAGCACAGAAUCAUCCUUGGAAAAGGAGAGAGAAACUCCAAGUCCCAUCGACCCCAACUGUGUGGAGGUCGACGUGAACUUCAAUCCUGACCCUGCUGACCUGGUCCUCUCUAGUGUGCCAGGUGGGGAGCUUUUCAACCCUCGGAAGCACAAGUUUGCAGAGGAAGACCUGAAGCCCCAGCCCAUGAUCAAAAAAGCCAAGAAAGUCUUUGUCCCUGAUGAGCAGAAGGACGAAAAAUAUUGGACAAGGCGUAAGAAGAACAACGUGGCAGCCAAGCGCUCUCGGGAUGCCAGGCGCCUGAAGGAGAACCAGAUCACUAUCCGGGCAGCCUUCCUGGAGAAGGAGAACACAGCCCUGCGGACGGAGGUCGCUGAGCUUCGCAAGGAGGUGGGCAAGUGCAAGACCAUCGUGUCCAAGUAUGAGACCAAGUACGGGCCCUUGUAACCUGUGCCCCUUGCCCCGCAGGGCACUGCCUGUACCUCAGACCUCUGCCUGGGGCUUCCUGGACCCCACACUCGUGUGGAGACUUAGGACUCUUCAUGGGCACAUGGUGGCGUACCUGCUCUAGGAGCACUCACGUCUCAGCUUCAUUAUAACAUGGCCAGCACACGUGGGGACUUCCCCAGGGGACCAGGGUCCUCUGAUGGGGGACACGAGCAAAUCUACGUAGACGGGUAAACGGCCCAAGUUUCUCUUCUUGGAUGUACAAGCUGAAUCAGAAGGGGACCUCCGGAGUCCAGGUUUCUCUUUUACAGAGUGCUCAGGCUUUCCUAGCCUUCCCUCAGUCUCUAGUCUGGACUGACAAGGGCUGUCUACAGAAUGAGUCAUGAUUAUUGUCAUCCUAAUGUCGUCUCAGGUAGCAGGUGCAUUUCCACUUGGGGUGUGUCCGUCAUGCACCUCACCCUCCCCAGAAAAAUCUUUAAGAGAAACAUUCAUUCCCAUCUGUCUCGGAGCCUGGACACGUUAAUACUCCUGUUGGUGUAUGCAGGUGGUGGACAUAGGAGUGGGAUCUCUGCAUAGCCUGGAAUUGGGGUGGGGUUUGGGGCUUGCCAUAGAAGUGCAUCCAGCCAUUCUUAGCUCCUACAUCCCUUUUGUCUUGUGGCUCUCAGGCCCGAAGCAGCCCUGAGAUCAGCUCCCUGUACAUCCCACUUGGUAUGGAAGAAAAAUUUCAGGAUGGCUGUCUCUGGCUCUUAAUUGCCAGCACCUAGGGAGGCCUUUGUAUCUCCAGGCCAUUCUAGAGGCUCCUGAUCUCCACUAGGCUAACCUGUGGUUAUUUUCACCCAGUAACCUUUCUCAGAUCUUAUGUUUAAAAAGGAACCCCAUCACCUAGGACUCUUGACCCUCCUGGCCCCAGUAUAGCACUUCUGCAUGGUGUUCAGGGAACUGACCUCUAUAGCCUCCUGUUGUGGGCAGAGUGAGGCUUGUCUCUUGGGAAGCUCCAUGGGUUCUUUACUGUGGCUUACCAGUGUACCCCAGGCCAGAAUCCAGUCUCUCUGAAGGCAGAAGAGGGCCUCUCACUUUGCAGAUUAGAACCCCUCCCAUGAGUGUCAGCAGGGCGCCUCCUAGGAGCUGUACUUGCCGAAGUCACAGUACAGUUCUCAUGGGACGGCAGGCGCUGGAGACACUUACACCGGCCUGUGGUCCCUCGGGAGUCAAGGGCUGCUCACAUAGGUCUGACCAGGGCUGGAGUGGUUCCUGCAGCUUUGGCUCCCUCUGCGUCACAGCUGCACCUUUCUCUUCUGUUUGGCUAAACUUGUCCUCUUGCUCUGCCCAGAGGAUUGACAGAGAAAUUGUGGAACCCUCUGCUCACGUGGGUCAGUUAGGGCAUCUUCCAGGAGGGUGUGUUUAUUUGCUCAGGGCUGGCAGCCUACGGAAGGAGACAGAGGUGGUGAGGGUGCUUUCUCAUACUUAACACUGGCUUUAUUUUAAAUGGGGCCCCAAUCUUUCAAGACUUUUCAUAAUGAUGUUAAGACCAGGGCAAACUGCCUACUGGCCAUGGACUGCAGCCAGGCGAUGCCCUACCCCUCCUGGGACCUGCAUACCACUUUUAGGGGAACUUGACAAAGGUCCCUGAGGCCAAGGGAGGUCUCUCUCCUACUAGGCCCCUGACUUUGACUUUGUGGUUCUGUAGGAACCGUGUGCACACUUUGUCACCCUGUUGUAACCACAAAGGGCAGUUGCACCCAGCAUGCCAGUGUCCUGCCCGGGCUGCCUGCCUCCUACCCACUUGGUACUUUCUCUGGGCUGGCUGUUCACCCAGAGGCAGUUCUCAUUUCGUGAUUGGUGGUCAAGCCUUGAGCUAAAAAGCUCUUCGUUUUCUUCGGCUAGAAAAUGUAAGGUUUGUGUUUUUUAAGUUUUAGUUUUAAGGAAUGGAUACUUAUCUUUGGAUGCCAUCUGUGUUCUGACCCCAGUGGGUGGGGUGGGGCUUACUGUCUCCCCUUGGCCCCACCUUCUGCCUUGUGGUGCCCUCCUUUCCUUCCAGAAGUCAGGGGCAGUGGUCUGGCUCCUCAAGUGCUUACUUGGAAACAAUGUGGCUGCUUCCUUCUUGGAGGAGUCUUUUGAAUGAAAAGCGGCAGGGACCAGAAGGAGCAUGCCUGGAUGUUGACAUCUUGGAGGAAAAAAGAGUUCACAUAAGCUUGGCUCCUCUGUUGGCCUCGGGACCCAAGGCUGCACAGAAAGAGUUGAUCUCUGUUGUUUGUCUUGCCAUGAAAGUCCCUUGAGCCCUUCUAGGAGCUGACAGUUGAAUCCUGAAGCUCCUGCACGCAGAUCUUUGAAUUCUCCUAAAGAGUGACAGGCUCAAGAAGCCAGCUUCUGUUUGGCUUUCCAUGGAUUUGAUUUGCCUUGGGAUGAGACGUGCUGUCACUUCCUAAAUGUGCUGUCCUCAGCUGUGGCAGCCUCAUUGCGACCUCAGAAAGACGCAUGAAUGAGCCAGAACGCUGCAGGAAUGUACAUUCAAGAGAUGUCUAGAUAAAGAACUACGUUUGGAGAGAACCACCCUGCGGAGGACCUGCCUGAGCCACCUCAUCCUCGUCCCAGAGGCUGAGCUCUGCAGGUCUGGCUCCUUUGGCUGGGGACAGCACUAGGCAGUGAACCUGACCCCCGGUCCACACUCCCUGUGAGAGGGUGCUGUGGUCUGCUUUCCACUCAGGCAGCUCCUCCAGUCCUCCAGCCUGGGGGAAGAUGUGAAGCUCUCCAGGGGCCCUGAGAGGUGUGCUCCGUGUAAGAGGGGCCGUGGGGCUCCUGGCUUCCAGGGCACAUCCCCACCCACAGCUUCUUUAACAUCUGUUGAUUAAGUGCAAUAAAUUUUUCUAGAAAAAGGCAAAGAUGAUUUCCAGGUAGAGAUUGCUGUCUUUUGAUGUUGGGAUGCCAGAACGCCACUUGGUUUUAUUUUUCUAAGUGCAUGUGAUUGGUCGAGUGUGUGGGGCUCUGCACCCUCCCUGGGAGCCGCAUUCCGGCGACCCUCUCCCUACCUUUCUUGGGGGAAAGAGGCCAGGAGAAAACCCGUGUCCCAGCUGCAGAGGUGGAAGCAGGCAGCAGCCCAUUGGCCUUAUGUGUGUGUGUGCCUGUGCGAGUGUGCCCCUGCUGGUGGGCCAGAGUGAUGUGGCAGGGAGGGAAGUUGGGAAUGUAUCCUUUUCAAACAAAAUUAAAUAUUUUGAGACGAGA